GGUAACAGUAGUCAACUGAAAUAGCACGGCAUAUCGCAUACGAUCUUUAAAACUAGUGACAGAUAAUGGAGAAAUAUGUCAGGAUUGUUCAAAAGCUUACUUCGUUAAACAUCAAAUUAGUAGCAGUGGACUUUGAUCAAACGAUUAUCAAUAUGCAUACGUGCGGUGUGUGGCAAUUUUCUAGUAAAAGUCUUGUUCCUCGUGUGCGGCCGUCUUUCAAGCAGUUCUUCAAGGCGGCGUUGAGUUGUGGCGACUUGCACGUAGCGAUAGUGACGAAAUCGCCGCAGAUUCCUCUUAUACGUGAGGUUAUGGAGCAAGCUUUGCCUGAAUGUGACACCAGUAGAAUACAUUAUAGAGGUACAGAUGGAGAAUGGAAGGAAGUGAAAGGAGUUUCGAAGGAAGGUACUUGCAUUCAUUUGCAAAUUUCUGUUAUCGAUGGUUUGUUUACGCUAUCGAAAAGAGUAGAAAUAAAACACCGCGCACUCGAGACGCUACUUACAUUUCAGUUUGGAUCGAUUAUUACUAGAUUUCUUUCUAAGUAAGCGAACUCUGUGUCCGGUUCAAACGUCAAACUUACAUGUGCCGAACCAACACUUGUAAUGCAGUAACUAACAAAAGCAGAAGUGCAGGUAAAAAUUCAAAACCGAGAAAGACAUAAGUGAACAUCAACCUAUACAUGUAAUUAAUCGUUGGCCGUUAACAUAUCAAUGAACAGGGAACAAAGAGAAGCGGUAGGCAAGUACUUUCAGAAGGUAUCACGUGAUUUUGAUAAUUUUUAUUUAUUUUCUCAUGCGAGAAAUUUAAAAGAGUUUAGGGUGAAGAAAAUAAUACCCAUAUCUCACCCCCAAGUCAAGAUGGCAAGAAUCUACACUUUAAUCAAAACAGAUAAAUGAAGGAAUAAAUAGAUAAAAAGAGUGCAAAGGUUCAAAGUUUAUAAGCUUCUCUGAAGAAAAUAUCUUAAUCCAUUUGCUAAAAGGGUGUCAAAAAUUAAAUGUUUGAGAAGGAAUUGUCUCCUAACUUAUACUCAUGAGGGUUGAGUGUAGGUAAGUGAUAGCUUUUCCAGCCUGAUCAAUGGAAAUCCAGGACUGACUAAUGGCCUGUAUCUCAUCCAACUGGACUAAGAAUUAAUCUCUAAAAUACAUUCACUUGGCAUUAGCUGAGCUCUGUGUUUCCUGAAGUCUAUCAGUCAGACUCAGGUGUGACCAGCUGUUGAACAGAAAUUGGUUUUGUCAUUUGUGUGCAGUUUGCUUCUAUUACUGAACAUGUCACAAUAAUUUCAACAUCAUUUAACAAUAAUUUGAAUUUUCAAUCCUUUUUUUCAUACAGGAAAACAACAGCAUAUUCAGUCUGUGAUUCAACAGAUUGAAAAAGACCACAAAGUGAAAAUUAAAAGGGAGGAAGUUAUUCUCUUAGAUGAUGAUGAAACAAACAUUUCAGAGGCAAGGAAUAGUAAAAUGAAAACACUUCUUGUGAAAGGAGAUGAUAGCCUUGAUGAGCUCCUGGAAGCAAGGUACAGAUAGAUGACUUUGAAUCCUGCUCAUAAUCUUCUGUCACUAGUAAGCCACUUAAUUUGUGAGACACCAAUAUUUUUGUAAACAGAAACUAUAUUUUAGUCUUAACCCUUAACUCCCAUGAGUGACCAAGAUGAAUUUCUCCUUACAAUAUCAAUACAAUAUCAAGCAGACAAGUGAUGAGAAUGAAGAAAAAUAUUAAUCAGGGAAUUAUUAGUUGAUCCAAUACCAAAGUCUCCAAACUAACGUCACAAGAACAAUAUAGCAGACAGUAAGGAGAAUUACUAUUGAGAUCUAGGGAGUUAAAUACUUAAGGUAUUCCACUUCCAAGUAUAACAGGAUGUUCUGUAGGUUUGGUAAUUGAUAAACCACCUUAUUCCCCUUAAAUAGUAGUGUUCCCACUGGUAAG